UGCUCCCCAAAACGGCUGCGUGGUCUUGAAGAGCUUCCAUGCAGGAAGCUUCCAUGUUGCCCAGGUGCCAUUUCCGCAGAUCACCGUCGCCCCUUCGUUCGCAGUUUCCUCUCAUGACGCUGCGCCGGGUCUGAUUUCCAUCUCGCAUUUCGCUCCUUUCGUCGCAUUUUCCUAAUCAGAUGCCCACAAUCCGGAACCCUCGGCGCUGAACAACUGCUGCUCAACCCGGGCUCCGGCGGCGGGUCACAUAACCUAUUAGCUCCGACGAAAUCUUGCUUCCUGUCCACCACUUGUUGCAUGGUGCUCUAACAUACCCCUCGUUGCUGACUUCUUAUCAUGGCGAAGAAGGCGCGCCAGAGGAUUAGCUAUGACACCUCUCGAUUUCCGGAACCCGUCGUUGACGUGCUCUUUCGUUCCAGUCCUUGAAGCGCCCAACUCCUCGCCAGGCGGUCACCGCUUGGGGGUGAAUGGCUUGGCCAUCGACCGCGACAAUGCUAUUCUCUACUCUGGCGGCCGCGACGGUGUCAUCUGCGCAUGGGAUGUGAACCGAAACGCGGCUACCUCUCCCAACGGCCACUCCGCCGUCGUUGAUGCCGCCCCGGCCAACGGCAGGCCAAAGUCCAUCACCCGGUUCCGCGCGCAGACCCACGCGCACACCCAUUGGAUCAAUGACAUCACCCUCGCUCAGCAGCACAGCGCGCUGGUGUCGGCCUCCUCGGAUCUCCUGGUCAAGGUCUGGCGCCCCCUGGCCAGCGACAUUCAGGAGCCAGUCACCAUCGGCCAGCACGCCGACUACGUUAAGUGCGUCGCAACGCCAAGCCAGUCCACCAACUGGGUUGCCUCGGGAGGUCUUGAUCGGAAGAUCUACCUAUGGGACCUAUCAGGAGCCGGCAAGACCCUCGAGAUCGAUGUCCAGGGCGAAGAGGUGCCGCAGAAGGGCAGUGUAUACGCGCUGGGCGUCACCCAUGACAUCCUCGCCAACGGCGGCCCCGAGAGCAUCGUGCGGUUGUGGGAUCCAAGGUCGGGUCAGCGCAUUACCAAGUUCGUCGGCCACACGGACAUGAUCCGCGCCAUCCUGAUCAGCGAGUCGGGGGACAUGGUUUUGUCGGCAAGCUCGGACCAAACCGUCAAGGUCUGGAGCGUCACGGCCGGUCGUUGCAUGCACACCCUCACCAUGCACGACCAGAGCGUGUGGGCCCUGUUCUCGGACGACCCGGGGCUUAACGUCUUCUACAGCAGUGAUCGGUCGGGGCUGGUGGUCAAGACGGACGUCCGCGAGACCCACGGUGACUUGGACAACGGCUUGUCCCUGGCCGUCGCUAAGGAGCACGACGGUGUCAGCAAGAUUGUGGCCUGGGACGACAGCAUCUGGACUGCGACCGCCACGGCCUCGAUCAACCGGUGGAAGGACGUCGACACCGGCGGUAGCAUCCGGCUUCCCGAGGCUUACAAGCAGCACCGAGCGUCUAUGGUGACGGUGCGGAGCAAGGACUCGGCGGUACCGGCUGCCUGGGAGAGCGACUCUGCCGGACCGACGAUCUCUGCCAAGUCCAUCCUUCGCAUAUCGAACACGGCGUCGUUCCCACUCGUCAUUGGCCGCGACGGCGACAACUCAUCCUCGGGCUUCACUCGCAAAGGUUCGGAGCUCUCCGAGCAGGUGGCUAGCAUUGUAGAGCCCAUCUAUCAUUUGCCCGAGGAGACCAUCGAGGGGCACUUUGGCUUGGUCAAGCACAAAUUACUAAACGAUAGGAGGCGCGUUCUGACUUUGGAUACCGCGGGUGAUGUCUUGAUGUGGGACCUGAUUCAAUGCCGACCCAUAAAGAGUUUUGGGAAGCGCAAUCUCGAAGACGUGGAACCAGAAGUGAAUACCCGGGAGGCGGUGGCGCCGUGGUGUUCGAUCGACAUCAGCUCGGGAAACCUGACAGUCGUGCUCGAGCCAUACAACUGUUUCGACGCCGAGAUGUAUGCCGAUGAGCUGGUGUUGGACGAGCCGGUUGAGUUCCGAGAAGACCAAAGGAUAAACCUCGGGAAGUGGGUGCUUAGAUAUCUUUUUGCUGAGCUUAUAGACGAGGAGAUACGGCGUGACGAAGCCUUCAGGCAGAAGUUGAACCAGGGAGCGACGACAAAGAGGAACGUAGGUGGCAGAGCAGCGAGGCCACUGGCAAUAUCCAUACCCUCUGAACCUGGCUGGGGACCGGCCGACCCGUCUUCGGCCACACCCCGACCCAGUGGAUCGCAGUACCCUCCCAUGACACCAGGAUUUGGAAUAGGACUGGCAACUCCCGGCUCUCCGGUGCCGCCAGCGCUCGAGGGACUCACGACGCCCCUCAGUCCGAUUGUCGACAGGCGCUUCUCUCAAGUCAGCCGGCCGUCGCAAGAGAGGGAAGACUACUUUUCAGACGCAAUACAAAGCCCUGACGGAGCUCCCAAGCCGGCUCAGACCCCCGCCGCUGAAGUUCCUCCUGUGGAGGACAAGUCGACCAAGACGGCUGGCGAAACUGCUGGCAAGGAGAGCGAAGCCAAGGAUAAGGACAAGGAUAAAGACAAGGAGAACGGAAAGUCACCCGGCACUAUGUUUGGCAAAAAGUUCCGCAUGGGAAUGUCCUUUGGCUCUAAAAAGCUGGGACGGUCCAUGUCGACGGCGGCCGCCGAGAAGCCCGCGGUGCUGGACGAAAAGGCGGAGGAGUCGGAGUCGUCUUCGAACAACGAGAAGGAGGAGUUUGACGACAGCUUCCUGGGUGUGAUCCAACGGAUCCGUAGCGAAUAUGAGAAACAAAUGGCGGAGAACCCCGACCAGCCGGUCGAGACCAAGAUCACUCCGAGCCUUGCCAACGACACCCCCGUACUCAAACUGCCUCCCGCCACCAAGGUUAUCAUCCAAGAAGAGACCUCGGGGGGCUCGGCCGAGAUGUACCGCGGUACGGUGGCGUCGGUGGGCGCCGAUGCCAGCGUCAUCGAGGAGCGGGCACCGCAGUGGCUGGGCGAUGUGCUCCUCCUCAACGUCCUGCCGCCUAAGGACCCGGUCAAGAUCUCGUUCGUGCUGUAUCCGUGGAAGGACACGCUGCCGCCCAUCGCGUCGGCCGACGGUAACAACCGGCUGAACGCGAACCGCAUGCUGCGCGUCAAGAAGAUUCUGGCGUACGUCGCCGAGCGCAUCGACCCCGUCCGCGAGGGCGAGGACUCGGGGCCGGACGCGCUGAAGCCGGAGGAGUAUCUGGAACUGUAUUGCAAUGAUCAGUUGCUCCCAAUCAAAAUGACUCUUGCUACCCUUCGAACCCAUAUCUGGAGAGGCGGCAACGACAUUGUUCUCCACUACAAGGCGAACGGCAGGAAGGAGAUCCCCAUGCCGCCGCCCGCGGAGGCAAAGGAGGCGGAAGGGCCCGAAGCGGUUCCAGGAGCUGCGUAGUGCGGGGCGAUAUGAAGCUGCGGAGGGCUGUUCCGCGUGUUUCAUUGAGUUGGCGUCGACUAGCGUUG